UGCAAUUUGAAGAAAUCCCAACAUGGCAACCAUUCCACCAGCUGAAUAUGAAUCCCGAGUACUGAAAGAAGUAAAUGAAUUCAUGGAAUCCGGUAUUGGAGUUAAAGGCCUUGUAGACUCUGGAGUGAGUAAGCUCCCCAGUUUCUUCGUCCAUCCACUGGAGCAAUUACCAAAACCAUCCUCCGAAGAUGUCCAAUUCCGGAUCCCUUUAAUUGACCUCAAGGAGAUGGAAACCAGCCGCCGAGUGGAGAUAGUGAGUCAAAUCCGCGAUGCAGCUGAGAAUUGGGGAAUCUUCCAAUUGGUCAAUCAUGGGGUUCCAAUCCCAGUUAUGGACCAAAUGAUCGAUGGCGUGCAUCAGUUCAACGAGCAGCCCGUUGAACUAAAGAAAGAGUGGCUAGCUGCACAUUUAAGUCUGCAUUAUAAUUUGAACCGCUUACCCCUGGCAGCCUGGAGGGAUUCCCUGGCCUGUAAUUUUCCAGACGAAAAGAUAGAUGAAGAAGCCAUUCCUCAAAUUUGCAGAAAGGCGAUAAUAGAAUACACCAAAUAUGUCCUCCAACUAAAGGACACGCUAUCAGAAUUGUCAUCUGAGGCUUUGGGUCUCAAGAGUAACUACCUUGAAAGCAUAAAAUGCAUGAAAUCGGCUUAUUUAAUAAGCCAUUACUAUCCUGCUUGUCCACAGCCCGAGCUCACCAUGGGUUCAAUCAGCCAUACAGAUUCAACCUUUUUAACGAUACUCCUGCAAGACAGCAUCGGUGGCCUCCAAGUUCUUCAUCAAAAUCAGUGGGUGGAUGUGCCUUGUGUGCCUGGAUCUCUAACCAUAAACUAUGGUGACCUUAUGCAGUUGAUUACGAAUGGCAAGUUUAAAGCUGCUAGACACAGAGUGGUGGCCAAGAGUGUCGGUCCGAGAAUAUCAGCAGCAUUUUUCUUCUCCCCAGCUGUUGCUAUGUGCAAUGAAUCGUAUGGGCCACUGAAAGAGCUUGUAUCUAAGGAAAAUCCACCAAUUUUCAAGCCUAUAUCUAGUUCAGAAUAUUUUGCUCGCCACAGGACACAAUUAGACAAAGAUACCAACACAUCUGGUCUUUCUGAGCUCAUGCUCUCUUAUUAAUUUCUCUUCUUAUUACAGACCUUCUUCAUCUGUGUGGUAAUGGUGAACAAUCAAAGAAUAUUUAGACUGUGUGUGUCAGUUCUGAGUUGAUUAUAUGUAUAGAAUCCGAUAGGGUAUGUCCAUCGGAGAUUUGCAAUCCGACCAAGGAACAUGUGAAUAUAUAGUAAUAAUGGUU